UAUUAUAGACUAAUAAAAUUUUCUGAGAGGUUGUAUGUGUUUCAGUGAGUUUAACCUUGCCAUGAACUUGCAUCUUUGGAUACUUUAAAGAAACCCCUUGGACUGCUUGCUGUCAUGUGUUACUUUUAUAUUUGUAGUCUUGGAUUUUCAGGUGGUACAACUUUGAUCACCAACUCUGAUCUUUAAGUAUGUCUAUGUUAGGCUGUUUAAUGUAGAUGUUCUAAAAGACACUUUGGUCUCCUGGAUUUUAUAUAUUUUUCCGUAUCUACCAGCCAUAAAUUGAUUGGACACACCAGCAUGAUCUGGUUGGUGUAAUCAUUCUGGUUUUUACUGAUCUUCUAUCUGAAUUAUACAGGCCGGAGAUAUGCUUGUAGAGAUCGGUAGUGGAUGAUCGUGCCACCAUAAAAUGAACUAGCUGCUAUGUAUUCAGAAUCAUGGCUUGUGUGGAAGGUAACCGAAGCAUGUUUACGAAGAUUCAGCUUAAAUUAUGAAUCACAGUAGCCUAUGUAUGCCCUGUGACACAGUUUGAUCAGUGUUGGCAUUCAGUAUCACUGCGGAAUGUGUUUGCUUUUAACAUACUAUUGUUACAUUUAGUGUUGAUUUGCAUUUUAACCUACAAAAUAGAAGUGAUGAAUUCUCCUCGUGAUCAAUCGUGAAUUGCAAUCCUGUUCACUUUCGCUAGCACUUUUUGAUAUAUCUAAAGACUGUGACGAGUUACGUGUUUGCAGUAUGGUAUUGGUACAUUGUGAGCAUCGAAGUGCAAAGGUAAAAUUUAAUGACAAAACUAAUUUCCAAAAAUUUGAUUUCACCAAAUGGCUGUCGCUCUUUUGUUACAGUUAUUCGGCAGGUUGGUAGCAGACCCUUUUACUACUUCUCAUACGAGUGCAGAAGCAACGUUGUAAGUGAUGCUGCACAUCCGGUAACUGAAAUCCUGGCCACACAACAUGGAGAUCUCGUGGUUGCAUCGGGCGGUCACGCUCGACAACAAACAAAUGGAAGCAAAAAGAAACCAGACCCGACCCACACAACCCUCAUCCUCCCGAGUCCGAAGUGCUUCAGGAUUCCCCUCCGUCGCCACCGCUCCGGUAGAGCUCGUCGUCAUCGGUUCCGCAUCUGAGCUGCUCCACUAUUGUCGCGGCUUCAAAAACUGCGACUGGCACACGCUCUCUCCCGGCGGCGGACUUUCUCGGCCGACCUCCUCUCUCGAAACUAUAACUAUUGGACGGGAGGGCUAUAUUGUUGGGGAAGCUCUAUUUCAACCAUCAAUUUUGGGCUUAGAGGAGUAUGGGAUAGUUGAGCAGCUGGUUCACAGCAUCUCAAGCGUUUCUUCUGAGAACCUACGUCAACUACUUGAAAAUACCAUGCUUUGUGGUGGUACAGCAUCUAUGUCUGGUUUUGAAGAGCGGUUCCAAAAGGAAGCUAAUCUAUGCUCUUCAUCCAUUCGACCAUCACUUAUUAAGCCACCAGAAUACAUGCCAGAGAACUUAUCCAAGAAUUCAGCCUGGAUGGGUGGUGCUAUAUUGGCUAAAGUUGUUUUCCCUCAAAACCAGCAUGUCACCAAGGGAGAUUAUGAUAAGACGGGACCGGCAAUUGUUCACAAGAAGUGCUUCUAGUUGUAAAUUGCCAGCAUAGUAUAGGCUGCUAUCUACUAAUCCGCAUACGUGCUAAUCAAGAUCAUUCUAUUUGUAGCACUUAUGUUUUCGCAAUUACUUUGGCAAUUCUAGAAAGUAGAGACAAGCAUCUGAUUCUCUUAAGCAGAUAUCCUCCUUUCAGGUAAAAUAUCUUAUGGGAAAUGAGUGUGUGCCAAAAGGUAAAGCUCAUUCAAGAUUUGGCUUGCUCUUAUGAGACUGAACGAGUGUACAACAUUCUACUAAUCACCCGGAAUGGGUUACAUGCUCAAAUAUUUAGCAUGGACUAGGUAUUAUGUUUGCACAUUGAUUUUUGUUGAUUUAAUCUGCAUACUGUUGGAUGAUGCA